AUUUUCUGACAAUUCUCUUUGCUGCAGUGGGCUCUUAUGACACUUCUUGAUCCAAUUCGUAGUGUGGAGAACCUUAUAUAUAUUGGAUAUGGUGGUGAUUCCUCAUCUGCUAUCCGUGUAACUCGAAGAAGACGUCUAGAUCGUAAGAAGCAGCAAACGGACAGAACUGUGUACCAGUGUUUUGUUUUUGGACCAAAGGAGGCUGGGAAAUCUGCAUUACUGAAUUCUUUCAUUGGAAGGCCUUUCGUAGAAGAAUAUGUUCCCGAUACAGAUGAACACUAUGCAGUUAAUGCAGUGGAUCAACCUGGGGGGACUUAACAUAAUACAAAAGAU